GGGCUCUUGUAUCAGGAAUAUCGAGAUAAAUCUACGCGCCAGGAGAUUGAAACCAGACGACUGCAGGAUUCACAGACAGACCCUGAGGAGAGGUCUCCCAGCGAGGAAACUCCAUCUGAAGCAGAACCUACAAAUACAACCGAAAGCAAAGGUCCACCACAAAUCAGUUUGCUGAGGAACUCCAACUCCAGGUUCAACUUAUGGCAGGAUCUUCCUGAGAUCCGGAGCAGCGGGGUCCUCAACAUCCUCCAGCCAGAUGAGAUCAAGCUACAGGAGGCCAUGUUUGAGCUGGUUACUUCCGAAGCCUCGUAUUACAAGAGUCUGAAUCUGUUGGUGUCUCACUUCAUGGAGAACGAACGUCUGAAAAAGAUCUUACACCAGUCUGAGGCACACAUCCUCUUCUCUAAUGUCCUGGAUGUCAUGGCUGUUAGUGAGCGCUUCCUGUUGGACCUCGAGCAGCGGGUGGAGGAGAAUAUUGUGAUCUCAGAUGUGUGCGAUAUUGUCUACCAGCAUACGAUUAAUCACUUCUCUGUGUACAUCACCUACGUUUCCAACCAGACCUACCAGGAGAGAGCUUACAAGCAGCUUCUCCAGGACAAGCCAGCUUUCCGGGAAGUGAUCUCGCAGCUGGAGCUGGAUCCCAAGUGCAAAGGCCUGUCCUUUUCUUCCUUCCUGAUUCUGCCAUUUCAAAGGAUCACUCGGCUCAAGCUGCUGGUGCAGAAUAUUUUGAAGAAAGUGGAAGAGAAGUCUGACAGGGAAACCACUGCCCUGGAUGCACAUAAAGAACUGGAAACAGUGGUGAAAGCAUGUAAUGAAGGUGUCAGGAAGAUGAGCCGAACAGAGCAGAUGAUCAGCAUCCAGAAGAAACUGGAAUUCAAGAUCAAGUCUGUGCCCAUCAUCUCUCACUCCCGCUGGCUGCUGAAGCAGGGGGAAUUGCAGCAAAUGAAUGGUCCAAAGACAUCACGAACGCUUCGCACCAAGAAACUCUUCAGAGAAAUCUACUUGUUCCUUUUCAAUGAUCUGCUGGUAAUUUGCCGGCAAAUUCCUGGGGACAAGUACCAAGUGUUUGACUCUGCUCCCCGGGGGCUUCUUCGGGUGGAGGAGUUAGAAGACCAGGGGCAGAGUCUGGCGAACGUCUUCAUCUUGAGGCUGCUGGAGAAUGCAGAUGACCGGGAGGCCAGCUACAUGCUGAAGGCAUCAUCCCAGAGCGAAAUGAAGCGCUGGAUGAUUUCGCUGGCCCCAAACCGGAGAACCAAAUUUGUUUCAUUUACAUCCAGACUUGUUGACUGCCCACAGAUCCAGUGUGUCCACCCAUACGUGGCCCAGCAGCCAGAUGAGCUGUCCUUGGAACUGGCUGACAUCCUCAACAUCCUGGACAAGACAGAUGAUGGCUGGAUAUUUGGGGAGCGUCUUCACGACCAGGAGAGGGGCUGGUUCCCCAGUUCUAUGGGGGAGGAGAUCCUGAACCCCAAAAUCCGAGCCCAGAACUUGAAGGAGUGUUUCCGGGUGCACAAGUCGGAUGACAGUCAGCGGAGGAAACUGGGCAGCAGAAACCGCCAAUGACCACCAGCGUCGCCAAGCAUCUGGAGUGCCUCUGAGAGAGGGGCAGAGGACAGAGGCUGCCAGCUGGUAGGACGUGUGGGUGGUGCUGUGGGCUAUGGACCUGGUGUGCUGGAGCAGGCACACGCACCCCUGAACAAACAGACUGUAGCUCCUGGGCUCCCUGCCAUGCUUCCUGUGGCUCUGAUCCUUUCUUGGAGAUCAGUACUUCAAACUGUCUAAAAUAACCCUUUUCCAGGUGUUCUGUAAAGCCCCAAAGAGCACGAGCCAAAUGGACACAGCCUGAAGGUGGUCAGGUGCCGGCCCGCUGA